AUGGGAGGCGCAAACGCUAUGAAGGCAGUGGCAAAGGUGACUAGGACAUUGCCGGUGAAUGGAGGUGCCCGGCAGCUCAAGCUGGAGAACCACCACCCGAUCUCGGUUGCUGCCGUGUCCGCCCGCUCACUGACAGAGAAGGACACGCCACUGAUGGCUUCUUCGUCACAAUCGCAGGAGGUUACGGCCGGCGAGCCUUCGCCUAGGGUUAUAUCUACCGGCCUGCCGACUCUUCAGGAAGCUAGAGAGGCCACUUCUGAACUAUCUCACGCUGGCCGAUUAUUUCUAGCCUCAUCUAAUUCUGUUCGACGUGAGGACGUGGCAGUAGCAGACUCACAUUUGCCUACGGGUGCUAUGCAAGUAUUUCAGCUUCUAAUGGAACGCCCUCAAGUUCAGAAUGCUGUUUCUUCUAUUGUUGCUGAUUCAAAUGUGUGGAAUGCUGUGACACAAACCCAAGACUUUGAGGAUUUGCUCCAGUCACACAGGAGCCUCGCUACAACUAAUCUCGAUCAGCCGUCUCUGGGUACAAUUGAUGAUAAUACUUCUUUUAAGUCGUUUACAAAUUUUUUGCGGACUAUGAAGGGGAUAGUGGUGGACGUGAUGGAUUCGAUGAUCCGUUGGUUCGUAUUGUUCAAAAACUCAAUUGAAGAUGAUGGAAGUACAAAAUUUGACUCUUCAGAUAAUUUGGUAAAAUUGAUUGUUGGGUUGGUGGUCUCGGUGAUUAUGAUUAUUUUGACGAAACGUAUUAAAUGA